UCCAAAGGUGGGGCGGGGCUCCAUGCAGCAGGGAAGUGUUUCCAAAUCAAUGCACUGCGCCCGUUAGAACAUCGCUAGCAGCUGGAACCGCGCGGCUUCUCGGUACUGUACGCUCUCCGUUUCUAUUGCAGGGAUUACCAUUUGGAGGUGAUCCUGUGCGAUCCGGCACAAAGAUCUGGGAAAGAAGUGAACCGGGCAGAGUGGAUCGAUGGAUGUGCACCCCAGGCACCGGCAGCGGGGAUCAGCGACCUCUAGAGGCAGGAACAGGACCCCGCACCCGGGCACUGAGAGCAGCCAGCAGCACCACAGGAGUACGGGCACCUCUCACCUCAGCCCUGCCAGUGUGAGCCUCGGGAGCACCCUGCUCAUUGUAGUUAUCAUUGAGAAGCUGGCUUUCAUCAAGGCAUUAGAUAAAAGAAUAUGGAUCACACUUUAUUUAGCUGCUUUUGUAGGUGUUUUGCACUGGAGUUAUAUAUCAACCCUUUUUGAAUCUGACCGUCACUUUUCACACCUUUCUACUUUGGAGCGAGAGAUGGCCUUCCGCACUGAAAUGGGCCUGUAUUAUUCUUACUUCAAAUCCAUCAUUGAAGCACCAUCAUAUUUUUCUGGGUUGCAGUUGGUCAUGAAUGACAAUGUUACAGAAUAUCCUAGUGUAAUAAAUACAUUAAAAAGAUUUAAUCUAUACCCGGAGGUGAUCCUAGCCAGUUUGUUCCGCAUUUAUACGGCUACAAUGAGUGCAGUUGGCAUCGAGACCAAGUUAUGUUGGACAGUUAAUCGGGGCAGUAAUCUCCGUCCUGUAGAAAGCUGUGAAGGCCUUGGAGAUCCUGCCUACUUCUAUGUCACACAAGUCUUCAUUUUGAAUGGAGUAAUGAUGUCCUUAUUCUUCAUAUAUGGAUCAUAUUUAAGUGAGAGUUGGCUUGGCGGGUUUAUAACAGUUUUGUGCUUCUUUUACAACCAUGGGGAAAGUACAAGAGUAAUGUGGACACCACCAUUACGAGAGAGCUUCUCCUACCCAUUUCUUGUAUUUCAGAUGUUCCUCUUGACAUACAUUUUAAGGACACCGACUCUUGGAAGAAGAAGCCAAUUUUUACUUUGUGUUUCUAAUGUCUUUUUUAUGCUGCCAUGGCAGUUUGCACAAUUUGUUCUUCUAACACAGAUAGCCUCACUUUUUGCUAUAUAUGUGCUUGGCUACCUUGACUCUGAGAAGUUUUUGAAAAUAUUGUAUACUCAUAUGGUUUCACUGGGACUGUGCUUCAUAUUGAUGUUUGGAAAUUCCAUGCUUUUGACAUCUUAUUAUGCAUCUUCACUCGUAGUUAUUUGUAUUAUUGCAAAGAGUAGAGGCGUUCUGAAACUUGAAGUGAAGGCAUUAAUAAAUUGGGUGCUUCAAGUGUUAAUUUGCAUACUGGGGACUGUUGCCUUGAAAGCACUGACAUCAACCAUACUUGGUGUUAAAGAUGAUGCACAUAUCUUCAAUAUACUGAAGUCAAAGUUUACAAGUUACAAAGAUUUUGACACAUUGAUGUAUACCUGUGCACCCGAGUUUGACUUUAUGGAGAGUGAGACACCAUGGAGAUAUUUAAAGACGCUAUUACUUCCUGUAGUUAUCAUUGUCUUUUUAGCCAUAUGUGUGUCGACACUUAAAGAUACUCUUACAUCAAGUAGACAAAAAAACAACAGAGGACCAGAUAACGAAAGAUUGGAGCAUUCCACAAGUGGAGAGCUCGUGUACCAUGCAUUGCAGCUAUUGGCAUUUGCCGUCCUUGCCAUUUUAAUUAUGAGACUGAAGUUGUUUUUAACACCCCACAUGUGUCUAAUGGCAUCCCUGCUAUGCUCCAGACAGGGUUUUGUUGCCAUUAUGCUCUUUGGGUGGAUCUUCAGCCGAUUGAAUCGUCAACUGUUUAUUGCUAUUGUAGUAGUAUUGAUGUCUAUCCAAGGUAUUCGCAACAUUCAGACUCAGCUGAAUAUCAAAGGAGAGUUCAGCAACAUAGCUCAGGAAGAACUAUUGGAGUGGAUAAAAUUCAGUACAAGACCAAAUUCAGUAUUUGCUGGAGCAAUGCCUACUAUGGCAAGUGUUAAAUUAUCCACUGGACGCCCAAUUGUCAACCACCCUCAUUAUGAAGAUGCUGGUUUGCGAAUGAGAACAAAAAUGGUGUACUCAAUGUACAGUCGUAAACCCGCUGAAGAAGUAAAGAAGCGCCUGAUUGACAUGGGUGUACAUUAUUUUAUCCUAGAAGAUGCAUGGUGCACAAGGAGAACAAAAACUGGUUGCACCAUGUCAGAAAUCUGGGAUAUAGAGGAUCCAUCUAAUGUUGGAAAGAUUCCCUUAUGUUCUGUUUUGGCCAAGGAUUCAUUGCCACACUUUGCUACUGUAUUUCAAAAUAAUAUUUACAAAGUUUUAAAAGUUAACACAAUACCAUUUCAUAUCAGAUAGAUGUUUUUAAUUCUGGUAUAACCUGGUUUUACAGAUGUUUGUAGUCUGAGAUUUUGUAACAUACACCAUGCUAUGCAAAUCUUUAUUGCUAAGAAAGUAGAAAAAUACUUUACAUCCUUCUAUGGAGAACCGCAAUCAAUUUGUUUAGUAUUGCUAAAGUUGCAUAUGAAUGAGGAGAACAUUAGACCUACAAAAACUGCCUUAAAAAUGUUUUCAUUUCAUUUGGCAGAAGUUUCAUGAGGCAAUUUUACAGUUUUGCACCAAAGAGAAUAUGAAAUAUGUAUAUUUAUGUAAUAGUAAUGGGUGUUAUGUUUCAGCAAUGUUCUAUGUAGAUUUGUUUUAUUAUAUUACAUUUUUUUAUAUUGAUCUGUGAUGAUUUUGUUUCAUGACUAGUGCUGUGGAGUGUGGUGUCUGCUUCAGUGCCAAAAAGAAUGAUUCAUUCAAGUGCAACUUUCAGGGCCAAUUUUAUAGCAGUAUACCGUACAUGAGUAAUAGGUAUGUGGGGUCAUGCCAAGUAUGCCCACUUUGUGUACAAACCACCCUGAAUGGAUAAUUUCCCCUAAGACCAAACCUAUUAUAACCUCUUCUACUUGGUACUUUGUGGGGAAAUUGCCAUUGUCAAGUAGUAUGGCAUUGUAAUAUUUAAUUUUCUUUUUGGUUUUUAUAUUAUUUUGCAUAGUUGUUACAUGCAGUAUUUUAAUACAUCUUAUGUUUUCUUUUUCCUUUUGACAUUUCAAUUUAACUGAGAAUGUUUGUUUAUUACUGCAAAACCAGGAAACAGCAAGCAGUUACUGUACAUUCCAAAUUAUGCUUCAGUAGUACAAGCAAGCAGGCAUUUCUAAACAUAUAUGCUUGUCACUAGUUUAUAGCAAUGUCCUUUUUUAGUAUAUUUAUUGGUUUCUUCCCACCCCACCCAGCUUUAUUGACAAGUCUCUCCCUAAUACACAAUUAAGAAGAUAUCUGUUAAACAGACAGGGUGGUAAGAGGCCAUCGGAGACUAGCCCAAUGACGUAAAGGACAACUGUAGUGGUACACAUUUAUAUAUGCCCGGGCCUCAAAAAUAACUCAUACAUAC